AUGUCGCUCAGAAAACAGCAGCAAGAAAUACAAAAACACAAAGAGAUAAAAGACUCUUACGAUCAGAAGAAAGGCAAAUAUGACAUACUGAAUACGUCAAGAAAGGGAGAGUUGGUGGCUGACGGGGUGGUAAGCACCGCCGACAUAAUGCAUAUGGCGGACAUAGGGACGCGCGAAAAAGUGUUCAGCUUGAAAAUGGAAAACGGGCCGUACAAAGUGCGGUACUCGCCCUCUGGGGACACGGCGCUGUAUAUGGGCCAGGAGGAGGUGAAGUCUGUGAACAUGAUGGGGCUGACCGCGAAUGCGGAGGUGCACCUGGGGGACAGAAUAUACGACGGAACAUUCCUGCACUCUGGCGCGUUCUAUGCGCUCGCACAGUCCAAGGCAGUGUACAUAUAUGACAAAACGGGCGUGGAGGUGCACGUUAUGAGAAACGCCCGAAAAGUGCAGAGCAUAAAGUUCCUGCAGGACCACUUUCUGCUUGCAACCGUCUCGCAAAACGGGUACCUGAACUACCAGGACACGACGAUAGGAAAGCACAUUUCUGAAAUCAAAACAAGAGAGCGAGAGCCCACGAUGGAGGUUGACCGGACGAACGGAGUGGUGUACCUCACGGGAAGCUCGGGAACGGUCUCAUUGUGGUCGCCCCGGUCCCCGGAGUACCUGUCAAAGGUUCUCUGCCACCGCUCGAGAGUGAGCCACUGCAAGAUCAGCGAUGACGGGCGAGCCAUGUACACGGCGUCCAAGAACGAGCUCAAAAAGUGGGACAUUCGAAACAUGUUUUCGCCGAUGGAGGAGACAACGAUGCCCUCCCUAAUCUCGGAGAUGGCCCUGAGUCAAACCGGGAAGCUUGCAGUCGCGCAGAGAUCGCACGUGCUCGUGCACAACCAGUAUCUGGCCCCCGAAAUACAGCACUACACGGGCAGAGAGAUGGCCGCGUCUCUGGCAUACAUGCCGUACGAAGACGUGCUCACGCUCGGCACCGGGGCUGGCAUAGAGAACGUGAUCAUCCCAGGGGCAGGGCUGGAGGUGUACAGAAGACACGAAACCCCAAGGGCCUCAAAGAAGGACCGGCAGGACAUGGAGGUGCGCCGGAUACUUGAGAAGAUCCCUGCAGACAUGAUAUCCCUCGACAACGAGACCGGAACCGAGAUGAAGGAGCUGUUCAAGGAGGAGAUCACCCCGAUGAAGUUUGAAACCCCCGCAGGAAAGGUCCGGCGAAUGAUGAAAAUGAACUACGGCUAG